AUGCCGCCAGGAAAUCGGCCAAAAGAGAUCCACACCAAACACCUCACCGAGCGCGAGCGCUUCCGCGUCCGGACCCUCUACUACGACGCGUCCAUGACCAAGAAGCGCAUCGAGGAAGUAACCGGCUACUCCCUCAGCCAAAUCCGCACCGCCAUCCGCGCCAAGUCCUCCGCAAUCCCACCGCGUUCCGGCCGUCCCAAAAAAGCAGGAAAAGACUCCUCCGCAACCGACGACGCCGGCCCCUCCUCAGAGGGCUUCGCGUCGGAGGACUCGGCCCUAAUAGCGCCCCGGAGUAACAGUCCCCAGCCCGCCUCAUCUCUAGACCGGCUGCCGUCUGUGCUGCGGCGCUACAUCUGGCAGUUAGUCCUGACAUGUGCGCCCGCGACACAUCCGUUAUCCUGCGUAUGGUGGGUUGAGAAGCUGCCGCAGUACCCGUGGCUGGUGACCGGGGUAUUCCCGGAGCACUGGGAGACGCACUGGCGGGAGUACCUCGAGCGCCGGCAGCCCGCGGCGCGGCUGUUAUGCCAUUUAAACCGGGAGGCGCGGCAGGUUGUUCUCGACACUUUUGUGCCCGUGUGGUCCGAGGCCGGGCUCAGGAUGUUAGGGUCUACCGUCAAGUUCCUGUGGAUCGACCCGCGGCACGACAAGAUCUACUGCAAGGACGAUACUGCCGCUUUGCCGGAUUUAUUGGAUAAGUCUCGAGCUGCUGUGCUACCGGAUCUAAGCCAUUUGCCUACUGGCCCUGCUGAUAGUAAUAGUAAUGACGGCAGCGGUGGCAGUGUCCAAGGGUGA